AUGGCUGCCUCGUUCGCCCUGCCCGACCGUGGCAUCGACGACCACCGACCCGUCAAAGUGAUCUGCAUCGGGGCAGGCUUCAGUGGCCUCUGCGCGUCCAUCCAGUUCCCGCGAAAAAUCAAGAACUUGACCCUUCAAAUCUACGAGAAGAAUGCCGACAUAGGAGGGACAUGGUACGAAAACAGAUAUCCCGGUGUGGCGUGUGACCUGCCCAGUGUGUCCUAUCAAUUCACGUUUGAAAACUACACCCAGUGGCCCGAGUUCUAUUCGGCCGGCCAGGACAUCCAGUCGUACAUCAAGAGAGUGGCCGAGAAGUAUGGCACGCAUCGAUACCUCAAGCUGCGUCACGAGGUGGUGGGUGCGGCAUGGCAGGACAGCGAAGCCAAAUGGUCGGUGCAGGUCAAAGAUCUCGCCUCGGGCACCACCUUCACCGACAGCUGCGACUUCCUGGUGGUGUCGACUGGCAUCUUGAACGCGUGGCAGUGGCCCGACAUCCCGGGGUUGAUGGACUUCCAAGGGAAGUUGAUGCACACGGCCAACUACGACACCUCGUACGACUUGAAGGACAAAGACGUCGCCCUCAUCGGCGCCGGGUCGACGGGAAUCCAGGUCCUGCCGACCAUCCAGCCGCUGGUCAAGAGGCUCGACCAUUACAUGAGAUCGAAGACGUGGAUCGCACCGGGUGGCUUUGCCGGCGCCGAGGCACUCAAGAGGAAUCCAAAUGGAGGGAAUUCCCGCUACACAGAACAAGAACUGGCCGAGUUCCAAAAGGACCCCAAGAAAUUCGAAGCGUACCGCGAAUACGUCGAGCACCUCCUCAACACGGUGCACACGGUGGCCUUCUCCAACUCGGAAGCCAGCCUGCAAAGCACGGCCAUUUUCAGCGAGUCGAUGAAGCAGAAACUGGCCAAGAAACCCGCCGUCUUCGACAGCCUGAUCCCAGACUUCCCGCCCGUGUGUCGCCGCCUGACCCCUGGCGGCGGCUACCUGGAAGCCGUGUGCGAAGACAACGUCGACUUCAUCUCGACCGCCAUCAAGCGCGUCCACGCCGACGGCAUCGAGACCGUCGAUGGCCGAUUCCGCAAGGUCGACGCCAUCAUCACCGCCACCGGCUUCGACACCACCUACAGCCCACGCUUCCCCGUCACCGGCGCCAACGGCGUCUCGCUCCAAAAGAUCUGGGACGAUCGGUUUCCCGAGGCCUAUGUCAGCAUUUUCCCCGAACAGAUGCCCAACUAUUUCAUCUUCUUGGGGCCCAAUGGCACCCCACCCACGGGUUCCGCCAUCGUCGCCAUCGAGUCCCAGUGCCAGUAUAUGAUUGAAGCGAUUACAAAGUGCCAACGGGAGGGGUAUGAGAGAAUUCAAGUCAAGCCAUCUGCACUCCGUCAAUUCUCCGACUUCAUCGACGCAUAUAUGCCGAGGACAGUGUAUGCGAAGAAUUGCAAGUCCUGGUUCAAACGAGGCCAAUCCAGCGGUCGCGUCGUCGCCCUCUUCCCCGGCAGUUCACUCGCCCUGCGCGAACUGCUGAAACACCCGCGCUGGGAGGAUUUCGACCUCACGCCUCUGCCCGAGUCGGCGAUCAAUUCGUUCUCCUGGAUCGGCAACGGCAUGACUGUUGGCGAGAUCCUCAAGACUGACACUACGCCGUAUUUGAAGAAUGUGGAGGUAUUGGAACCUUACGACCACGACGAAGCCAAAGCCGACGCCAAAACCAAUGUCGACGGAACUGAUACUUCAGCCACUACCGCUACCGGCAAGGCUGGUGUCGAUAUCUCCGUCUCUGCGUUGGCGCUGGCGCCGACACAGGCGUGA